AUGCCAACUCCUAUCAUUGAAAUUGAGCAACAUCGUGAUCAGAUCAUCGAGCUACUACAGCAAGGGCAAACGCAAAAUGAGAUACUAGACGUUCUCCGCAACACGUACAAUCUUACUCUGAGCGAUCAAACCCUAAAACGACGUUUGAGGCUAUGGGGUCUGUCCCAACCUAGACCUGAUACCGAUGCCCUCGAUAGACGACUUCCUGAGUUGAUCCGUCUCCAUCAGCAUAAUACAGAUGAAAUCUUAAAAAUCCUACGUGCCGAGGGCGUACCAGCGUCAAGAUUUAGCUUGAAACGCGCUCGAAAACGCCUAGGUCUCAGGCUCCGUUUUCCAAGAGACCGCCCUGUCGUUUCUUCUCUGGAUACAUCAAAACCUUCCAUCUCCUCGCCAACACCGGCGAGUAUAAUAACACCGGUUAAAUUUCCCUUCUAUGCGACAGACUUACCUCGAGGUCGUCCGCUACCCACAGACGAUGAAAUCACAAACGCCACACCCAUAUCCGGUGAAGAUACAGCACAAACAAUCGUUCGGAUAGGCACCCAUUACGUCGUGAAAUAUGGCCUGGGUGUCAAUCUUAUGGAAGGCCAAAACAUGCUUUUUAUACGGGAGAAGACAAAUAUCCCUGUCCCGCGGGUUUACGCUCUUUACUCCAAUUCAAGAGGCCAAAGCGUUAUUGCCAUGGAGUACAUCGCUGGCCAGACACUUGAAGCAGCGUGGCCACUGCUAAGCGAGUUGGAGAAAGAUGACAUACUUUGCGAGCUACGGGGAUACUGUGACACUAUGCGCGCGCUUCCGUCCCCAAAAUACUUUGGCAGUGUCGGCAAAAAAAAGCUUCUGAGUACUAUAUUCUGGACUGACUCGCACAAUCCACAAAGUUCAGACUCCUUGAUCAAUGGGCCGUUUGACUCCGAAGAUGAUUUCAUUGAAGGCAUGGUGCAGAAGCUCAUAUAUAAUGGAGCCAACGCGGUCAUGACGGAGUAUCUUCGCAAGAUAUGUUUUCCUGCUGUUUUCAAGGGCCACGAAGCGAUGUUCACGCACGGCGAUUUGCAGACGAAAAACAUUAUAGUACGCCAGAAGCUCAGUGAACGUCAGGCGAAAAAAAAGCUCGUGAUUCUUGAUUGGGAAAAUGCGGGGUGGUACCCGGCGUAUUGGGAGUUUUGCAUGGCUUAUGCUGCUUUUCGAUGGGAUGAUGAUUGGCCACUUUGUGUUGAUAAGUUUCUUGACCCGUUUCCCUCUCAGGCUGCGUCGAUAUAUGACUUGCGCCUUUCGUUAUGGUCAUAG